AUCCCAUUCAUUAAUCAAUUAAUUUACACUAAUCCUCAAUUACAACUCUUUAUUAUUCUCAUUCUAUUAAUUAAUUAACUAAUCUUUCCCCAGUUGAAAACGAUUAAUACCAAUUUGUCCCCUUUCGCCGUUUCUUCCUCUCUCUCUCAUCAUAACCUUUCCUACUCUGUUAUCUUUCCCGUUAACAUUCUUUCUCUUCCUCUCAAUUCCUCAACCACUCCUCUCUUCAAUCAGGAUUUUUUUCGUCUGAAAGAACAGAUCUACCUGAAUCCAUGGCGGAAGAGCACCGAUGUGAAACUCCGGAAGGCCACAGACUCUGCGCUAACAACUGCGGCUUCUUCGGAAGCUCAGCUACGAUGAAUUUCUGUUCAAAAUGUUACAGAGAUAUUCAUCUGAAGGAGCAAGAACAAGCCAAAACCAAAUCCACAAUCGAAACCGCUCUCUCCUCUGCCUCCUCGUCAUCAACCGCCGCCGCUGCUGCCGUAGUUGUUGCAUCUCCGGUUAUGGAGAUCGAAUCUCUCCCUCAAUCUCAACCUCAACCACCGGUACAGUCGAUCGUGACCAACGCGGCGGAAGCUUCGAUCAGAUCGGUUCAACCGAACCGGUGCGGGACCUGUAGAAAACGGACCGGGUUAACCGGGUUCAAGUGUAGAUGUGGAAUCACGUUCUGUGGGACCCACAGGUACCCGGAGAAACACGAGUGCGGUUUUGAUUUCAAGGCGGUGGGGAGAGAGGAGAUAGCUAAAGCGAAUCCCGUGAUCAAAGCCGAUAAGCUGAGAAGAAUCUGAUUUGAUUUCCGCCGUUUGAUGAAGGAUGUGAUUUCGAUGAUUUGAUCUGGACCGUCCGAUGCGGUCCUUGCCUACACAAACGAAUCAUGUGGCGACGCUGAUGAAAUGUAAAAAAUCUAUCUAUUAAAAAAGGUUGAAUAAGUCUUUUUCUUACGUGGCUUUUGCUUUGUGUAUUAAAUGGAAAAAAAAAAAGUGAUUUCUUAUGUUGAAUGAAAUUGAAAAUUUUAAGUCUA